CACUCCGUUUUUGGGUCAUUUCACAAAGAAACGUCUUUGUGUUUCGGUUACGAGAAAUCCGCGCCCGUCGAAGAAGGAAAUGCCUCUGUUUUUUUUUCUUUUUGACAAUAAAGUUGAGUAAAUACAGAUAAGAAAAAUGCCGACAGCGGCGCGGAGUAACCACGGAGCGGAGAGCAUCCUCCCGAAUACGGGGAUAGUCGCAGGACACCAGAAACCGAAGAAAGAAAACAAGAAUGGGUUUUUAUUUCCCCAAUGUGAGUAAUGAGAUUCAAAUUAACUACUUCCCUCUCUGGUUCCUCCCCGAGCUGGGACAGCCCCAAAAAAGCCAGAGGCAUGUGACAGCCAGAGACAGAAUCAUGAGAGGAAUACGCUAGGAGUUUCUGGAGAAGUCUCCACGCAGGGACUUGGCACCGGCAUCCCCCCGACAGACGGUGUGUAACUCGUUGUACGCGAAUAACAAUGGCUCUCAAGCUGCAGCUCAGAAGUGGCAUCUUCGUUCUGCCAGUUUUGUUGGGUCUGUGGAUGGAGCCGGUCGGUGGGAUUGAUAUCCAGCUGGUUCCUCAGUAUCCUGCGGUCGGUCAGUCGGUCACACUGAGUGUUACUGGAAUCACUGGGACCAUUCUGACCUUCAACUGGUUUAAAGGACAAAGCUUAGAUGCUGAUGAUCAAAUUCUCGGAUAUUUCCCGAGUUCAGACACCCCCCAGACUACAGGAAAACAGUAUUUCUCUCGGGCCAGGGGGCUCCCUAAUGGAUCGUUACUGAUCACUGAUCUACUGGUCACAGACCGGGGUUAUUACACAGUCUCUGUACAGACAGCUCAGCUACAACAAGCGUCUGUGAACCUGACUGUGUACGAGAAAGUCAGUAAACCUGUAAUCACAGCGUCCACCUCCCAGCCCAAGGAAAAUUACCCAGUUACCCUCACAUGUGACACGGUAAAUGCAGAGAGUAUCCAGUGGGGGCGCCGUGGAGCCGGCCUACCCUCUGAUGUCCAGCAGUCCUCCGAUAACCGGAGCAUCACCUUCCCCAAAAUUAACCGCACAGAUACAGGGGGGUAUUACUGUGAGGCUGGAAACCCCAUCAGUAAGGAUUCUAGCGACACAUACACAGUCACAGUAAACUACGGCCCAGAGAGCCUAUCAAUCACAGGUCCCACAGACAUCACCGAAGGUGGCUCCCUCCGUUUAGAAUGUUCUGCAGACUCUGUUCCUCAACCCCUCUACAGCUGGAUACACAAUGGCACAAUUAUACAAAACCAAAUUUCGAACAAACUCAGCAUUAAUAAAGUCACUUUAGAAAACCAGGGGAAUUACACGUGUGUGGCGAAUAACUCGGUGACACUCCAGACAGCUGCCACCAAUGUACUUGUGACUGUGAGUGAAAAAACAUCAUCUGAUACACAAAGCGGUGUCCUGUCUCCAGGAGCUAUCGCUGGCAUUGUGAUCGCCAUUCUCCUGGUGGCCGCUCUAUCCUUUGCAUUAAUAUACUUGUUUGUUAUUAGGAAAUCGCGUAAAACACCUGCAAGCAACAACGAUUUAAAGCCCAGUUCCUCCACGUCACCAGGAAACGGUCUUCAUAACGCAGGGCAAUCAGGAGGGGGUGAACCAGAGUUACAGUACAGCUCCAUCCAAUUUGCUAAAAAGCCACCACCUUCCAGGACACAGCCGAAUGAAGAAAACAUAGUCUACUCAGAGCUGCGACUUCCUUGACUUCGUAGACAACAGAGAUCACUGCAUCGCUUGUGAAUGUAUGCCUGCUCAUUAAUUCGCCUGGCUUGCCUGGAGAACAGAAAAGGACUAAGAAGUCUUACAGGAAAAUAUAAGCAGUGAAAAGGAAGUGCUAUAAUAUCCGUGCUACCUUUUCAGGAGGUGAUGUCACAUGAGUGAUGUCACAUUGUUUACUAAAGACAUAAACAAUCUGUUUCCUUAACUUGAAAUGUGAAGUUCCGACUGGCUAUUUGAUGGAGGAAUCAUAGGAUAUGGCCGUUCCAGAAACUACGACUUGAACUGUACAAUGAAAUUAUCCGACAAACAUCCAUUUAAAGGCGUGCACCUCGUUGCACUUUACGAUUUAUUCCCGUUCCCAAGUCAAGCAAUGACAUCAAAAGAAAAAAAUGGAACGGAUAUUCUUCUGGAUGAAACUAAAUGGAAUUUAUACCUCAUGUGUCAUUCUGUAUAACCCUACGUUCAAAGCAACCCUAUAGGAUUGGAUGCAUCUUGGAAUAACCUUCCAUGGACACAUGUUGUUUAACACUCUUAUUUAUUUUCUUAAAGAAAGUAAAAAGUCAAACUUCACUAAGAUUCUGCCUAUUAUCUUACAAUGCAAAAUAGUGUACAUAGACGUCGUGUGAAUAUAUUUACUUUGAUUUUGCACAGAUUUCAGCUAAUUGUUAUAUUUGGUUUUGUUUUUCUAAAGAUGAUCAAUAUACAUUUUAUAUCAUUGUUCCUGAGCUUCAACACAAGAGCUAAUAUUGUCUGUAUUUCAAUAAACUUGAACAAUGGAAAGGAGAUGUUAAUGAAAGGGACAGAGGAAAUGUCUUUCUCGCUCUCUCUAUAUAUAUUUCCUCAAUAAAUCUCUUUCUCCGUUCUGAGACACAAGAAGUAACAUGCGGACCAGCGUUGAUAUAACAUGAAGAAGACAUUAUCCAGAGAUAGUUGAAUGAACACUUAUUCAUGACACUUU